UCCUCAGAGCCCUCCGCGUUCCCUCGUAAAUCCAGCCGGGAACGGCGAAAUGAAUCCGCCUAGAAAUGGUGGGAUGGAGCCUAAAUCCCCUGGGGAUGGAGCCUAAGUACCCUUCUACUGAGCCUAAAUCCCCUGGGAUUCAACCAAAACGGCCAAAUCCAGGCGCUUUCCAUGGAUAGGGGCGGUACUGGAAAGGGCGGGCGGUGACGUCACCUCGCCCAACCCCUUUUCCGGCCCCUCCUGAGGCGGCUCUGACUUUUCCCGGCGCCGGCCCCGGGGCCUGUUCUGGGCCAGGGCCGGAGUUGGUGCCGGGGCUCCUUCGCCAGCGGAGCGUCCCCAAGGUGUCCCCAGUGAGCAUGGAGCCCCAAGAGCUGUCCCCAGCCCUGAUGCAGCCAGAGGUCACCGUGGUGGCCAUCCUGGGUGAGCUGCUGGACACCCUGCCCAGCCUGGACGAGAUGACUCUGCUCGUGUCCCCAUUGCACCUGUACUGGGACCUGAUGGACUUCACCAAUGAGCUCCACAACAGCCUGUGCACUGAUGAGACCUGGAGGCACCGCAAUGUCACCUACGAUGAUGAUGACGCUUUCACCUCUGAUGAUGAUGACCCUCCCGCCUCCCUGAGCCAGGCCCUGGCCACCUACAAGAGCACCCAUUGGACCAGCAGGUUUGAUGUGCAAAUGGUGGCCUGAGUGUGGCAGCGGUCAGUGGCCGCAGUCAAGGACAGCUGGGCCCAGCUGGCCAGGACGGCCACCAAGCUCCCCAACGCCUGCAGGGAUUUGGCCACCAAGGCGGCCAACAGGGGAGCCACCGCCACUGCCCGGCCGAGGGAGCUGCAGGCCAAGACUGCCCGUGAUUGGACAGCUCAGGAAAACAUGGUGGAGCUGGGUCAGGCCCUGGGUGGGGAGGAGGGGGCCGAGGUGGUGGCCGGGCAUGGAGCCCAGGUGUGGAGAGAUGCCAUGGUGGCUGCCAGCGAGGCAACAAGGGCCACCAUGGAGAGACAGCGGGUGGAGGCGUCCCUGGGGCUGCUGGAGCGCUUGGUGGCCGCGUGUGACGAAGCCACCGCGUUCCCCCAGGAGCUGCAGCGCCUGCUCAGGGACACCAAAGGCAUCCUGAAGGAGACAAAGAAGCAGUCCCUUAAUGUCCCUGAGGAUUUGGUGGCCAAGGUGGCUGUGGCCGAGUGGCUGUGGGAGGCCAACGCCCGCCUGGCCAAGGAUCACCUGGGGGAGACACUUCAAGAUAUCAUCAACUUCUUGUUCACCGGUGAUCCUGCCAGCCCCAGUGCCUGUGGGAUGGCCGAGCAGUGCCAAAGGGCCAUCGAGGACAUCCCAAGGCUAAUUCGACCCCUGGUGUGUCCCCAAGUUGUCCCCAAGGUGUCCCCAGUGACCAUGGAGCUCCAACAGCUGUCCCCAGCUCUGCUGCAGCCACAGGUCACCGUGGUGGCCACCCUGGGCGAGCUGCUGGACACCCUGCCCAGAUGGGACAAGAUGCUGCCCGUGUCCCUACCGUGUCAGCACUGGAACCUGGAGGAUUUCACCAGGAGCUCCGGGCCACCCUAUACUGCAUUGAUGACAACUUGUGGUGCCACAAUGUCACCUCCAAUGAUGAUGACCCUGUCACCUCCCCGAGCCGGGCCCUGGCCGCCUCCAACAGUACCCCAUAGAGCACCUGGAACCAUGUAA